UUCUCUAGGGCUACGCGCGUCUUUAUUUACAAGUGCAUGCUUUCAUUCUGCUUAAACAGUACUGUUUUGGAUUUCAAGCAGUUUUUCGGUUUUCUUAGGGGGAAUUUUUUUUUGAAAGGUGCUCUUUUUUCUAAUUACAGAGCUUGCUUUAGUCGUCGGAUUCUGUUUGCUGGACGAACCGCUUUUCUACAAUUGUACGACUCGAUAAUUCUGAUUAAAGUGCUAGUUAAGAAAACAAAAUGGAGAAUUCCGCUUUUUAUCAAAUUACCAUGGCAAAACGGAAACGUGCCGAAGCCUCACCAAAGGCUCCUCUCAGUACUUUUGCUGCUCGUCGGUUAAACCGUGAGAAUAAUUCAACAAAAGACAAAAAGAAGAAGGGAAAAAGAAGCGAGUCUCCAAACGAAAAAGCUGAAAAGCAUGUGCAAAGUGUAGAAGAAAACCCUACUUCUUUAGGGGACCGUUCUGCUUCGAAACAGACUUCUUUUCAAGUUUUAGUUCCAGGAAUUGAUCGUUCUGGUAAAAACGGUAUUGACCAACCGAUGCCUUCUCAUGUAAUUGAAGACAAAAAUGGAAAAGACAAACUUUCUACACGAGCUUUUGUACAAACCACGGAGACCGAGCCUUCCCGCACUGAAGAGAAUUCCCCUUCUUCCUUACCUGCCUCUCCUUCGUUAGCAGAAGCAGACGCAAAUUCGAGACCCAGUACACCAUCUACUUCGUACAACACGUCUUUGCAGAAACAGGAGCCGACAUACCCUUACACAAUUUUGACGGAAGAGAACUCUGUCCGAAUCAACGAUGUCUUGUUUGUCGGGUUGCAUUAUGGAGAAGAAUUGGCUUUAGUGGGAACAUAUAUGUUUGCGUGUGCUCGCGGAGGUCUUAAUUUGUUUGGCGCUUCGUAUGCAUCGCAUCCCAAGGAUAAGAACUGUUGCACGUGGCAUUCUUUAAAUGUUCCAUUGAUUUAUCCUACUCCCGUUUUCGUUGCUGAGGAUUCUUCGAAUACAUCUUCUACAAAAGAACUUACCAAAUGCAAUGACGCUUCUGCGCAGAAAAAUCUCCCUGUAUCUGGUUUCACAGAAAAUACCAGUUUAUCUGAGCUUGAAAAAACUUUAUGCGUAAACAUAGACCUUUUACUUCCCUCCUUUGAGACUUUACUAGUGUUUAAAAUGAAUGACCUCGGUAUCUCUAAAAUUCCUCGCGUUUGCCCCUUUGCCAAGCGACUUUUUAAUAUGCCUUCUCUUUUGGAAAAUGCAUCAUCCCUUUCCUCAGCCUUUGAAGUUGUGCCAGAUUCAUGGAAAGCCUUUGCUGACUCAAUGCUUUCCACAUAUACAUCAAAUAAGGAUGUUCCGCCAAAGUUAUUGGUUUGUGGACCUAAAGGUGCAGGAAAAAGUACUUGUUGUCGAUAUAUUACAAACCGCUUAUUAAAUUCCUCUGAUUACGUUGCAUUUUUGGAUAUUGAUCCGGGUCAACCGGAGGUUAUUCCAGUCGGUAACAUUUCCUUGUAUUUUAUGGACUCCCCUUUGCAGGGUCCUGCUUUCAGUCGCUUACCUCCUAAUUCUCGGUGUUUUCGAGUUCAUACUGGUGAGAGUACUCCCCAGAGGGACCCAACUCACUAUCUUGCCUCUACUUUCAGGCUUUACGCAGAAUACCAAAAGUUUAAUAUUGAAAGAGAGCUUGAGGGCAAGCCCCCUAUUUCAUUGAUUGUAAAUUGCCCAGGAUGGAUUAAAGGAGGGGGUGCAGAACUUCUCUUUAAUCUUGUUAACCAAAUCUCGCCUACUGAAGUAGCCUACCUCAGUAGGAAUUAUCAGGGAGUCAACCAGUCAGAUAGAAAAGGUAUUUAUCAACAUAAAGAGGGUAUCCCGGAAUUUUUAUUACAAGCAAAACAUUUUACAUUUUCUCAACUUGAAUCGUCUUGGCAGUACUUGCCUGACCAUAGUGCGCACCGCGUGUCCUCUGCUGAUAAUCGCACAUUGGGGCUUUUAAGCUACCUCUAUUUUGAUUUAGAGCGUAGCGUUUGGGAUUUUACAAGCAGUCUGGCAUCACGCCAGCCUUUGGCGACAGCAUUCGAUGGUCCACAGCAUGGUAUAGAUGCUGUGAACAUUAUUGGGGAGCCAUUGAAUUUAUUGGAUGUUUCAAAAGCUAUUAAUGGUACUCUAUUGGCACUUUGCGCAUACGAAAUCUCAAAUGAAAAAGAGUGGAAUGAGAAUCAAAUUGUCAAAACAUCUGAGGGGAUACCUGUGCUGCUCAACGAUGGUCUUCCUUUGGACCCAGCCAAUGCCCAGUGUUUUGGAUUGGUCUUACUUCGCACUAUUGAUUUGGUCAAAAAAGAAUUCCAUUUCGUGGGACCAAUUAAUUUGAAGUUACUGGCAGACGCAGAUGCAAAAGGAAUGAAAAUAGUUCUCGAACGCGGCCGUCUUGAAUUGCCCCUCUCUACCAUGCUCGAUAGACGUUUGAUGGUUUGCCCGGAUUUACCAUACCUCGAGAAAAAUCAUGCUUCAGUAGCCGCAGGCUCUCAACGAAGACGUGUCCGACGAAACAUAAACCGUCGUACCGGUUAAACAAGUUAAUGAUUUACGGUCGUGUACUUCUUUUUUUUUAAAAAAAAAAAAAAAAAAAAAAAAAAAAGAAGAAAUAAUCUUUCUUUGUUUAAUUUGUUAAUAUUUAAACUUUGAAGAAUAAGGAAUAAGGAUAAUUUGGUUGUUGGUUUUCAAAUAAUGUAGAAAUAAUUUUACAAAUGAGCUGCUGCUUAUUUAAACAUGUCUUCGUUAAUGACAUGCAUAUAUUGUACAAGAUUGAUUAUUAUGCAAUUGUUUUAUGCUGAUUCGUAUGUAUUCCAUAUUGAAGCUGAGACAAUCUGAGUUUAGAAAUUUAUUACAUAUGCGUAUUUGGGAACAAGGCAGCAUUUAUGGCAUAUAUUAAAUUUAUAUCUUGCUUUGCAAUUGGGGCAAAGUAUUUCUAGUAACCUUUGUAUGUGUUUCAAGAAUUUUACUUAUUCAUCCGUGUUACUCAACUUUCCAACAAUUUUUUUUUUAAAGCCCGUCAUGGGAACAAGUAUUAGAUUUCGAGGACAAUUUCUCGAACAAGAACACUGACUAAUUAGACAAGCUCUUAUGUGUCUUUCUCUAUCUAAUGAGCCCGGGAUUCACUAAUAUUAUCAAAGUUUGUAGCAGAAUUGGUGACAAGAUCCAAGAUCGUUUAAUAAAGCAUAACGGCUGAUUAAAUACAAUUCGUA